UUACGUUACGCCAACGAUAUGUCUUACUACUACGACGACGGAUUAGUCGAGCCGACCGCGCAGCAACAAGAACAGGACGAUCAACAGCAGGACUACUCGUAUUCAUCCUGCAACCUCGUCGUUUACCAAGACGGUGGAGGAGGAGGUAGAGAAAAAGAUAGUGGAGGAAAUAGCAGUAGCAGUAGCGGACCUAGAAGUAGUAACGACAAUGACUCAGAUUCAGACUCGGCUAGUUUAACAGAGGAUUCGGUGAGCAACACGGGAACAAGUAUAUCCAUUUCAUCCGGUAGUGCCUCAGGAUCCGAUACCGGCACCAAAGAUAAAAAAGGAUCGAAGGGUCACGGUGGCAACAGGAGAAAAUGGUUCGACACGUUGUGGUCCAUGGUCGACCGGAUGGACGGCGAGCGCAAGUCACGCAAUGUCUGCGAUAAUGAUAAGCGAUCACCGCAACACCCGGUUAAGAACAUUUUCCGGCCGCCUACCAAGUACGUUUACGUGAUCGGUAUGUCCGGAUUUCCAUCCAAGGUGGCCGUAUACCCGAAGCGAAUGUGAACCAUGCAGCCGAGGUCCGUAUCGCCGCCGUUGCUUUGGGACCACUGUGGAAAUCCUACUCCUUCUCACCACAGUCAUCCACUUUGCACAGCCCACACUACAACAUCUGCAGUACCAUUUGGCGCACAACCCUCAACCGGCUACGAUCGGUAUCACACGAAAAUCUCGUGACGUCUUCAUAUCCAUUAACAGUAUAAUUUGCCGUCUUCAAGGGUACAUUGAAAUAAGAGUAUUCACGACGCUCGAGAAGAUGGUGUUUUUCUCACAAGACACAACAAGGUCCCUUACCAAACAUAAAUGUAAGCGGUUUUUGUUAAGUCGUAUUGAUUAUUUGAGUAUAUUUGCUGUCGAGAAACCUAAAUCUCUUAUCUUAUUGCUAUUAUAUUAUUAUAUGUUUAUGCUGUUAUUAAGGUUACAUUUGAAAUAUUAUGAAAAAACCCCAUAAAUUUAUAUCGCAAAUUUGGUUUUCCUAAAACAUAAUAUUUUAAUUGUCAAUUAAGUAUACAUA